GCGGCGGCUCCGCUCCAGCCCCGCAUCUCGCAGCAACAUGUGGCUGCUGGAGCGGCUGCGCGGGGUGGCGGAGAACGGCGGCUCCCGGGGCGCGGGGACGGACGAGUCCUCGCGGGGAUCCCGCUACAGCAACGUCCUCACCCCCGACAAGAUCCCCGACUUCUUCAUCCCGCCCAAGCUGAGCGCGGCUCCCGCCGAGGCCGAGGGCUCCGAGGCGCCCGCGGGGGCCGCUCUGGGCGCCUCGGUGUCGGAGCAGGACCUGGCCAAGCGCAAAGCCCCGCGCAGCCCCCGCCCGUCCGGCCGCUCCCGGUCCCGCACCCGCGGGCGGCACAUCAUCCAGAUCGAGACCGCCGAGGACUGGACCGAGGGCGGCACCAACGUGGACCCGCAGGCACAGACGGCCAUGUCGCUGCCCUACGUGCCCAAGGCUCAGACCUCGUACGGCUUCGCCACGCUGAUGGAGAGCCCGCACACCCGGCGCAAGGAGUCCCUGUUCCACAGCGAGCACAGCAGCCUGUGCCCCUCGCCCGUCACCUCGCCCGGCGCCCAGCGCAAAGCCAAGCUCAACGGCGACAGCGGCCGCCGGACACCGGCGGAUCUCGGCGCCGCCCUGAUGCACCCGGGCCGGUAUUUCAGCGGCGGAGAGAGCGACACGUGCUCCUCGGCCGAGUCCUCACCCUUCGGCUCGCCGCUGCUGUCGCGCUCCGUGUCCCUGCUGAAGCUCUUCAGCCAGGAGAGCCAGUCCAAGGUGAUCAAGCUGAAGCACUCGGUGGCCCGCAACAGCUCGCUGAGCACCGACGACAGCUCCGCCGACACCAGCCCCAGCGCCCAGCGCCGCGCCCGGAGCGCCCCGGCCGGGACGCAGCAGCCGCCGACGGCCGUGCUGCCCCUGGAGCUGCCCGCGGGCCGGGACCGGGACCGGGAGCACAGCCUGCGGCUGAGCCGGGGCGGGAGCCUCCGCCUGGCCGCUGAGUACGACCCCUCCAAUGCCCGGCUGCGAGUGCGCCUCGUGUCCGCCGAGGACCUCUACGAUGCCCUGGUCGACCUGCGCAGCAUCAACUGCUGCGUCUCGCUGUGCCUCAACCCCGGCAAGCUGCAGAAGCAGCGCAGCACCAUCGUCAAGAACAGCCGCAACCCCGUCUUCAACGAGGACUUCUUCUUCGAUGGGCUGGGCCCCGGGCACGCCAGGAAGAUGUCCCUGAAGCUCAAGGUGGUCAACAAGGGCAGCAGCCUUAAGCGGGACACGCUGCUGGGGGAGAAGGAGCUGCCGCUCACCGCCCUGCUCUCCUGCCUGUAGGUACCUGCUGCCAGCCCCGAGGGAGCCCUCCCGCCUGUGGGGCCGGCGCUGUCCCCCAGCCCCGCUGCAGGAGGGUUUGGAAGGGCCCCCUGAGGAGGGCCGGGGUCGUGGCAGAGUGUGGGGGUCCCCAGGAAUGGUGCAGAGUGUGGGGGUCCCCAGGAAUGGGGCUCUGCCAACUCCAGCCGGCAGCCACAGCCUCUCUGCCCCUGCUCCCUCCCUGCUCCUGCCCCGGGUGCAGCAGAAAACGGGGAGCCUCCAGCCCAUUCCCCACCGCCAGGGAGGAUGGAAGCACCUGUUGGAGCCUUCCCUCCCUGUGGUCUCCAGCUGCCACCAAGCAGGUUGGAGGUGGGUGAAUCUCUGCAGCACACUUAGGGCCACCUCUGAAAGCCCCAGCACCUGUAGUUUGGUGACAGCUUCAAUUUAAAAGACAAGUUUCUGCUCUUGGAAACUGCAAAGAAAAUACUGCAGAGGUGACCUGAGAGUGGUCAGCCUGGGGGAUGAGUCAGGGUUGUGGCUUUUGAGCCUUUCCUGGGCUCGGCCCAGCCCUGUGAGGCUGCAAGGUUGGCUUGGUCUGAGCCCUGCAGCCUCCUGGGCUGCCCUCCCUGCCCACCCCAGCACUGUCCCCACUGCUGACCCCACUGGAAAACUGCUCAUGGAGCUUGGGGGGGUUUGUUUUGCCCAAAUCCAGGAGGCUGCCUGUGCCUUUCCCACAGGAGGGAGAUGCCAGGGGCUGGCACCCCUGCCCUGGGCACAGGCAGUGUCCCAGCAGAUGUACCUGCUGACAAAAGCUGAGGUGACAGGAGCGGCCCCACCUGAGUGCAGGUGAGGCUCCAAAACCCUCCAUCCCCCCUUGUCUAUGAAAGGAUCUUCCAAGUGGCAGCAGAGACGUGUCCUGUGGGACCACCAAGCCCCUGUGCCCAGCAGGAUCUGACAUCCCAAAGCACUGGCCUGGCUUUCAGCUUCCCUCUGGAGCUCGGUGCUGCCGACCCUCCCCAUGGCACCGUGUCACCCUGCAGAGUGCCUGGGGACACUGAGGGCGGGGAGGGCCCAGCCGGGGCAUUCCUGCGGGCGGAUCAAACACUCUGCGUCGUUGUUCGGUGUGGUGUCAGCCUUUGUGUCGGGCUCUGCAUGUUUCUGUGCGGGGAGCAGGACACACACACACACACACACGUGUGUCCCCUCUGUGUUAACAGUCCGUGUUCCUUCCUUGUCCUUUUGCAGCAGAUGGCAGAUCUCAGUGUUGACUAUUUAUACCCGAGGCUGAUCUUUUUCGCAGCAGUUUUAUUUUGUCUGUAAAUACGUUCCAGGUAACAGAGGCAGAGCCGUUGUUUGCACGGCGGGGCGGGGUGGGGGGGAUCCAGGGUGACCGUGGCUGUUUGCUGAGCUUGUGGCUGAAAAGGAGCAGGACACGAGGAGCUGACACGUCCAUCCUUCACGGGGAGUUUCCCACUUGAGGUUUCCCUGCACCCCAGCACCAGGGAUGGUUCCCCAGCCCCAAAAUGCCCUGGGAGGAGGGCUCUGGGGACAGGGAGAGGGGUCACAAACAGGCUCUGGGGUGACCAUUGUGCCCCUGAGGAGCUCUGGGGCAGGAAGGGGACCCUACCCAGCUGGCAGCCCCCACACACCUCACCCUGUGCUCCCUGGGGGUGCUGGGGGUACCCUGGAGCUGCUGGGAUGGAGGGAAAGGCCGCAGGAAGAGGAGGAGUGGGAGCUGGGAUGAAGGCUGUGGUGCUCUGAGAGGUGUGAGGGCUGACAUCCCCUCAGAAGAACCGUGUGCCUUUGGUUUUGGGGAGGAGGAUGCUGAGAGCAGGAGCCCAGGCUGACCCCAAAGGGAGACCCAAGGGGUUGGGGACCCUCGUCCUGCCCCAGCCCAGCCUGUGCCAGGGCUGGAUUUGGGUGUGUGACCAUGCAUGGAGCCCUGGGAUUCACUGCUCUGAGCUGGGCUGGUGGUGUGGCAGCCAGGGCUGUUGCUUGGAUGAGUCUCUCUCUGCUGCUGGAGCUGUUUUCUGUUGUCCCUGCUUUGAUAUUUCUGUGGCUGGAUUUAACGAUGUAUUUUUUUGGAGUGAAAAAAACCCCCAUAUAUUAUUACCUGAAUGGAAUGUUUGUUUACAGAUGAUUUCCUCUUUUUAGUGCAAUAAAGUCAUUUCUAAAACAGA